CGUGCGGCACGUCAGUAGCCUUCCGGGCGGAAGUCCGCAGCCUCCUGAGCCGCUGAUUGGCUUUCACGCUGGCGCCGGUCUGGGUCCCCGCGCCAGUUUCGGGCUGGUUGGCGCGGAAUCGGGACAUUUGGGACCAUGGCGCCCGUGCACGGCGACGACUGUAAGAUAGGGGCGAGUGCUGUGUCAGAUUCAGGGAGUUUUGUAGCUUCUCGAGCCCGGCGAGAAAAAAAAUCAAAGAAGGGGUGCCAAGAAGCUCUAGAAAAACUGAAAAAGGCUAAAGCUGGUGAGAAGUAUAAAUAUGAAGUUGAGGACUUUACAAGUGUUUAUGAAGAAGUUGAUGAAGAACAGUAUUCGAAGCUGGUUCAGGCACGCCAGGAUGAUGACUGGAUUGUGGACGACGAUGGUAUUGGCUAUGUGGAAGAUGGCCGAGAGAUUUUUGAUGAUGACCUUGAAGAUGAUGCCCUUGAUGCUAAUGAGAAAGGAAAAGAUGGUAAAGCACGCAACAAAGACAAGAGGAAUUUAAAGAAGCCUGCAGUGACAAAACCGAACAAUAUUAAGUCAAUGUUCAUUGCUUGUGCUGGAAAAAAAACUGCAGAUAAAGCUGUAGACUUGUCCAAGGAUGAUCUGCUAGGUGACAUUCUACAGGAUCUUAACCCUAAGACACCUCAAAUAACUCCACCACCUGUAAUGAUACUGAAGAAGAGAACAUCCAUUGGAGCUUCACCGAAUCCUUUCUCUGUGCACACCCCCACGGCAGUUCCUUCAGGAAAAAUUGCUUUCCAUGUCUCCAGAAAGGAGCCUCCAUUAACUCCCGUUCCUCUUAAACGUGCUGAAUUUGCUGGCGAGCCGGUACAGGCGGAGAAUACAGAAGAAGAGCAGGAGUCAGGGCCAAUGGAGUUUGAAGAUGGUGACUUUGAUGAACCCAUGGAAGCUGAAGAGGUGGACCUGGAGCCUGUGGCUGCCAAGACUUGGGACCAAGAGAGUGAGCCAGCAGAGGAAGUGAAACAAGAGGUGGAUCCUGGGAAAGGGACCAUGUCCUACUUAGGAAGUGUUUUCCCGGAUGUCUCUUGUUGGGAUGUUGAUCAAGAAGGUGAUAGCACUUUCUUAGUGCAGGAAGUUCAAGUGGAUUCCAGUCACCUCCCGUUGGUAAAAGGGGCAGAUGAGGAGCAAGUAUUCCACUUUUAUUGGUUGGAUGCUUAUGAAGAUCAGUACAACCAACCAGGUGUGGUAUUUAUGUUUGGCAAAGUUUGGAUUGAAUCAGCUGAAACCCAUGUGAGCUGUUGUGUCAUGGUGAAAAAUAUCGAACGAACACUCUACUUCCUUCCCCGUGAAAUGAAAAUUGAUCUAAAUACGGGGAAAGAAACAGGAACUCCAGUUUCAAUGAAGGAUGUUUAUGAGGAAUUUGAUGAGAAAAUAGCAACAAAAUAUAAAAUUAUGAAGUUCAAGUCUAAGCCAGUGGAAAAGAACUAUGCUUUUGAGAUACCUGAUGUUCCAGAAAAAUCUGAGUACUUGGAAGUUAAAUACUCGGCUGAAAUGCCACAGCUUCCUCAAGAUUUGAAAGGAGAAACUUUUUCUCAUGUAUUUGGGACCAAUACAUCCAGCCUGGAACUGUUCUUGAUGAACAGAAAGAUCAAAGGACCUUGCUGGCUUGAAGUAAAAAGUCCACAGCUCUUGAAUCAGCCAAUCAGUUGGUGUAAAGUUGAGGCAAUGGCUUUGAAACCAGACCUGGUGAAUGUAAUUAAGGAUGUCAGUCCUCCUCCACUUGUCGUGAUGGCUUUCAGCAUGAAGACAAUGCAGAAUGCAAAGAACCAUCAAAAUGAGAUUAUUGCUAUCACAGCUUUGGUCCAUCACAGUUUUGCAUUAGAUAAAGCAGCCCCGCAGCCUCCCUUUCAGUCAUACUUCUGUGUUGUGUCUAAACCAAAGGACUGUAUUUUUCCAUAUGCUUUUAAAGAAGAGAUUGAGAAAAAGAAUGUGAAGGUUGAGGUUGCUGCAACAGAAAGAACACUGCUAGGUUUUUUCCUGGCAAAGGUUCACAAAAUUGAUCCUGAUAUCAUUGUGGGUCAUAAUAUUUAUGGGUUUGAACUGGAGGUACUACUGCAGAGAAUUAAUGUGUGCAAAGCUCCUCACUGGUCCAAGAUAGGUCGACUGAAGCGAUCCAACAUGCCAAAGCUUGGGGGCCGGAGUGGAUUUGGUGAAAGAAAUGCUACCUGUGGUCGAAUGAUCUGUGAUGUGGAAAUUUCAGCAAAGGAAUUGAUUCGUUGUAAAAGCUACCAUCUGUCCGAACUUGUUCAGCAGAUUCUAAAAACUGAAAGGGACGUAAUCCCAGUGGAAAAUAUACGAAAUAUGUACAGUGAAUCUUCUCAACUGUUGUACCUGUUGAAACACACCUGGGAAGAUGCCAAGUUCAUUUUGCAGAUCAUGUGUGAGCUAAACGUUCUUCCAUUAGCAUUGCAGAUCACUAACAUCGCUGGGAACAUUAUGUCCAGGACGCUGAUGGGUGGACGAUCCGAGCGUAACGAGUUCUUGUUGCUUCAUGCAUUUUAUGAAAACAACUAUAUUGUGCCUGACAAGCAGAUUUUCCGAAAGCCUCAGCAAAAACUGGGAGAUGAAGAUGAAGAAAUUGAUGGAGAUACCAAUAAAUACAAGAAAGGACGUAAGAAAGCAGCUUAUGCUGGAGGCUUGGUUUUGGACCCCAAAGUUGGUUUUUACGAUAAGUUCAUUUUGCUUCUGGACUUCAACAGUCUUUAUCCUUCCAUCAUUCAGGAAUUUAACAUUUGUUUUACAACAGUACAAAGAGUUGCUGCAGAGGCACAGAAGAUUACAGAGGAUGGAGAACAAGAACAGAUCCCUGAGUUGCCAGAUCCAAACUUAGAAAUGGGCAUUUUGCCCAGAGAGAUCCGGAAACUGGUAGAACGGAGAAAACAAGUCAAACAGCUAAUGAAACAGCAAGACUUAAAUCCAGACCUUAUUCUUCAGUAUGACAUUCGACAGAAGGCUUUGAAGCUCACAGCGAACAGUAUGUACGGUUGCCUGGGAUUUUCCUAUAGCAGAUUUUAUGCCAAACCACUGGCUGCCUUGGUGACAUACAAAGGAAGGGAGAUUUUGAUGCAUACAAAAGAGAUGGUACAAAAGAUGAAUCUUGAAGUUAUUUAUGGAGAUACAGAUUCCAUUAUGAUAAACACGAAUAGCACCAAUUUGGAAGAAGUAUUUAAGUUGGGAAACAAGGUAAAAAGUGAAGUGAAUAAGUUGUAUAAACUACUUGAAAUAGACAUUGAUGGGAUUUUCAAGUCUCUGCUACUGCUGAAAAAAAAAAAAUAUGCUGCUCUGGUUGUUGAGCCAACAUCGGACGGGAAUUAUGUCACCAAACAGGAGCUCAAAGGAUUAGAUAUAGUUAGAAGAGAUUGGUGUGAUCUUGCUAAAGACACUGGAAAGUUUGUGAUUGGCCAGAUCCUUUCUGAUCAAAGCCGCGACACUAUAGUAGAAAACAUUCAGAAGAGGCUAAUAGAAAUUGGAGAGAAUGUGCUAAAUGGCAGUGUCCCAGUGAGCCAGUUUGAAAUUAACAAGGCAUUGACAAAGGAUCCCCAGGAUUACCCUGAUAAAAAAAGCCUACCUCAUGUACAUGUUGCCCUCUGGAUAAAUUCUCAAGGAGGCAGAAAGGUGAAAGCUGGAGAUACUGUGUCAUAUGUCAUCUGUCAGGAUGGAUCAAACCUCACUGCAAGUCAGAGGGCCUAUGCGCCUGAGCAGCUGCAGAAACAGGAUAAUCUAACUAUUGACACCCAGUACUACCUGGCCCAGCAGAUCCACCCAGUCGUGGCUCGGAUCUGUGAACCAAUAGACGGAAUUGAUGCUGUCCUCAUUGCAACGUGGUUAGGACUUGACCCCACUCAAUUUACAGUUCAUCAUUAUCAUAAAGAUGAAGAGAAUGAUGCUCUACUUGGGGGCCCAGCACAGCUCACUGAUGAAGAGAAAUACAGGGACUGUGAAAGAUUCAAAUGUCGAUGUCCUACAUGUGGAACUGAGAAUAUUUAUGAUAAUGUCUUUGAUGGUUCGGGAACCGAUAUGGAGCCCAGCUUGUAUCGUUGCAGUAACAUCGAUUGUAAUGCUUCACCUCUGACCUUUACAGUACAACUGAGCAACAAAUUGAUCAUGGACAUUAGACGUUUCAUUAAAAAGUACUACGAUGGCUGGUUGAUAUGUGAGGAGCCAACCUGUCGUAAUCGAACUCGGCACCUUCCCCUUCAAUUCUCCCGUACUGGGCCUCUUUGCCCAGCCUGCAUGAAAGCUACACUUCAACCAGAGUAUUCUGACAAGUCCCUGUACACCCAGCUGUGCUUUUACCGGUACAUUUUUGAUGUGGAGUGUGCACUGGAGAAACUUACUACUGAUCAUGAGAAAGAUAAAGUGAAGAAAAAUAGGCUAGGGAAAAGUAAGCAAGAAGGAACUGUUUUCUGGUAAUGAGCAAACUGAAGAUGAAAUAAAUGCAUUUCAACAAAAUUGGCUAUAAAGCACAUGUUAUUUUCCCCAUUAACUUGCAUCAUAAAAGAAAGAAUGGGGCUGCCAGGGAGGUUGGGGGAUCUUUCGAGGAGACUAGGUGAAUAACUGGGGAGGUGUUAAGGUGGAGGCUAACCCAAAUGUGGUAUUUAGGAGCUUCUGUGGUUUGGAUUUCUGAGACCUUUCCCACCUCCUGUCCUUUUUUACUUACCUUGACACUCAGCUGACUAGAUCCUGGGUACAGCAGCCUUCUGCAGCUUCAUAAUGUUGCCUGUCCUCCAAGCAGUCUGGAACAGGAUGGCAGUAGUAGAGGCUUUAGGAGGGUAUUCCUGUGUCCCAUGCUCAUCUCUUGGGCUUACCUGGGGUGUCCAGGCAGGAGAAAUAGCUUGGCUGGCCUCACUUACCAAUUUUGAAAUGCUGGAGCUAUACAAUAGUCUCAGAUCACUCCCUUUUGCCUAGAAGGAUUAGGACUGCACCUUGUUGGUACUCACAAAUUAGAGGCUUCUCCAGUCCCUGUGCAGACCUUGACUCCACUGUGCCCACAUCCUUCAGCUGGUGUGGUUUCCCUGCCUCGGUUAGCCAACCUUGACCCAGUCUCUGUUCAUAUUCAAUUCAUACUUUAAGGCCUCCCAGCCAUAAAUGAUCUCUUUGUCCUCUAAAACCCUGCAGUUCUUAAGCACUGUCCCUCUUACAUUGUAAUUAUUUGAGGACAGGGAUCAUGCUUGAUACAUUAUUGUAUGUCUGAUGGCAACUUCCUCAUGAUAGGAGCCUAAUAAAUUGUAUGUUAAAUUAAUGUUUUCUAUAAUAGAGCACUUUCUGACUCCAUCCUCUUUUCUCUGCUAUUUACUUCCUAUUAUGCCCUUCAACUGUGUCACAAAAAAUUUUCUAUCCACGUUUCCAUACAUUCAUCAAACAUUUAGCCCAUACCAUCUCCUCUUCGACAUGGACUUAGUUUCCCACCUUAAUUUGUCUACUUUCUGACAAUUACUAAUAGAGUUGUGCUGUGAUAUCAUGCCUCUCCAGAAGAUUACAUAAAUUCCAGCCUAGACAUUUCUUUGUUUAAACUUUUAGGUUAUAUAAAUCAAACUGAUGCUCUGCCAUAUUAGUGGGAUUGAGUUUGAAAGUCUAAAGUCAUACUUCAAAUGAGGACUGUCAACCCAGGCGCAUACUCCUUGCCCUCCAGAAUUUAUAUACAUAUGAUAACAGCUAGUUGUUUUCCCUGCAGAGUAUCCUCUCUUUUU